GACUUAUCCCAUUCAUCCCGUCUGCCUUCCCUCCAUCCUCCUUCUCCUAACCUCCUCCUCCGACAUGGGCAAAUCAGACAAGAAGGUAGACAAAAAGGCCGAAAAGAAGGCCGCUAAGAGCGCCGCCAAGUCCCCUGCGAAGGAGACAGCCCCUGCGAAGACUAAGCCCAUGUCGUCGAAGGAAAUUCUGGCGAAGGCAAACUCCAAAGCAAAGCUUUCAAAGAAGGACGAGAGCAGUGACGAGUCGGAGAGCGACUCCGAGGACGAGAAGCCGGCACCAAAGGCUAACGGCAAGCAGGUAUGUUGUGCAGUACCCCUAGCGAUAUUCUUCAUUGCACUGCUCACAAAAUACCACCAGGCUGUUAAGGCUGGUUCAUCCUCGACUGAAUCCAGUGACGAGUCGUCGCCUGUGGUCGAGACACCUAAGAAGGUGAAUGUCAAGGCGAAGUCGGCCCCUGCUGCCAAGUCGACUCCUGCAAAGGCUAACGGGAAGGUCAAGAAGCCUCCCUCCAGCGAAAGCGAGAGCGAGAGCGAAUCUGAGGAUGAAAAGCCUAAGGUUGCACAACUGAAGGCGACGCCCAAGAAGGCGGCAUCGUCCUCGAGUGAAAGCGAGAGCAGCUCCGAGGAUGAGCUACCGAAAAAAGCGUCGAAACAGGUGGUACCGACUCCCGCAAAGACCGCUACACCCGCAAAAGCACCGGCCAAGGCUGACUCUUCGAGCUCAGAGGAGAGCGACAGCAGUUCCGAUGAGGAAGCGCCUAAGACGACGGGGCAACAAAAGGCUGCACAGGCCAAGACUACACCUGCUAAGAAGCAGGACUCCGACGAGGACAGCUCCGACGAGAGUUCUGAGGAUGAGGAUGCUGAGAUGGCGGACGAGACGGCUAAGUCCUCGAAGGCUUCAGGGAAGCGCAAGGCGGAUGACGAUUCCUCCGCCCCUGCGAAAAAGGCCAAGGUGGCCAGUGGCGGUGCAGCCACCACUGACGACUCCGAGCCGACCAAGGCGAUCUUCGUCGGGAGGCUCUCCUGGAACGUCGACAAUGACUGGCUCGCGCAAGAGUUCGCCGAGUGCGGCGAGGUCGUCGAAGCGCGGGUGCAGAUGGACCGCAACACGGGCAAGUCGCGCGGUUUCGGCUACGUGACGUUUGCCACGGAGGAGGCUGUAGAGGCCGCGAUCAAGCUGAACGGCAAGGAGAUCGACGGGCGCCCAGUCAACAUCGACAAGAGCCAACCGAAGCCGGCCGGUGAGCGGCGCGAGAGCCGCGCCAAGGUCUUCGGUGACAGUCAGAGCGCGCCGUCCGCGACACUCUUCGUCGGUAACCUCAGCUGGGACGCCACGGAGGAUGCGCUCUGGGAGACGUUCAGCGAUUAUGGCGAGGUGAAGAGUGUGCGCGUGCCGACGGACCGGGAGUCCGGUAAGCCGAAGGGCUUUGGUUACGUCGAGUUCUCCGACGUCGACUCGGCAACGAAGGCGUUCGAGGGCGCGUCGGGUGCGGAGAUCGCGGGUCGGGCGAUCCGCCUGGACUACUCACAACCGAGGGAUUCCAAUGGCGGUGGAGGCCGGGGUUUCGGCGGUGGAGAUAGGGGCGGUCGUGGAAGGGGCCGAGGCUUUGGUGGCGGAUUCGGCGGCGGUGAUCGUGGUGGUCGCGGACGUGGUGGAGGUCGUGGGCGCGGUGGCGACCGUGGGCGUGGUGGCGAUCGGGGUCGCGGACGCGGUGGUGGCAGAGGCUUCUCUCGCAACGGUGCCAUCGCACACUCUGCAGGUACCAAGGUUACCUUCGACUGAUCCAUGCAUUAUUAGACAGACCCCAUUGUAUGCUUAUGCUUUUCGUCUCGACUGGUUGGUUUAUCCUACGUAUGCCGCAGAUUCUUCCUUCUUACGAUUGUCUUACGAUCACGAUAC